CCCCCCCCCCCCCCCCCCCCCCCCCCCCCCCCCCCCCCCCCCCCCCCCCCCCCCCCCCCCCCUUACUUUUAUUUCCAAGUUUAUCGAAGCCGAGUUACACUUAACCUACGACGCAAAAGUAAUUGGAUAAAUGUCGAGCAUUAUUUCUACAUGUUUCUGAUAUGCUGGAAAGUUAAUUAUUUUUCCAUUGGAAAGAGCAAAGUCUGAACUUCCAAAAACAUGGAAAGCCAAACUUUUCGUGGUUAAGUUUGAGUGAGAAAAAAUUUGAAUCUCAAGCAUCCCCAAAAAAGCUCUUGUAAAGUGCUUUUUUCUUUAUUUCUUCACUGUAGCCUGCAAGAGACAGUUUUUCUGAAAACCAAAUAGAUGAGAAUGUCGCCCACGCAAAACUCUAUCGAUUCUUUUACUUUCGCAAAUCUUCCACUAAUUCAUUGAUAGUAAUAAAGGCGCAUAUAAAAACUUAGUUUUGAUAAAAAAUACUGUUUUGCAUCAGCAAGAUAAGAUAUCGAGAAAAUCUGUUUUGUUCAUGGCACAAACGGUGUUAGGAAAGACAAACGCUAAUGUGAGUCUGUAGAGAAUUGAACGCUGUUCCAGAAGAUGUGUUUUAGCAAAAGGACAAAGUUCAUUUUUGUGCGCACUGAAACUGUUCUACAAUCUUUUUUGUACAGGACAGCUCGCGAUUGGAACUCUCUCCCCAACACUGUAGUUAUCUCGCCAACAAUAAAAUGAUUCAAACCAAACUGAGGCAGCACCUACAACUGUGAAAGGGGAUAGAAAGGUGGCAAUUUUUAUAGGUGUUUAAAACCUUUUUUUUGAUCGAUUGAUUGAUUGAUUGACUUUUAUUUCGACAACAGCAGUUUUGGACAGAAAAGGACAGAAAAGGUUACUCUUUUCUGUCCAAAAGUGCUGUUGUCGCGAAAUAAAAAUCAAUCAAUCAAUCAAUCAUUUAGUAUAUGAAACUUAUUGAUUAAUUCUAAUCAACUCUUUUUCUGAAACAAAUGAAAAACUUACAAAUUUCUAAUUGAAAAGUAGAUCGAAAGAUAAUUUAUCACAUCCCAUUCGAAAGAGCAAUAAAAACACUUCUAGUUUCUAUAAUUACAUAAUUUCAAACGUGCUCAGUUAUUAGAAGAAAAAUGCAUUUGAUGAGAGAGAUAGUUAGCGGAAGUUACAAGAGCUUUUUUUUUCGAUGCUUGAGAUUCAAAUUUUUUCUCACUCAAACUCAACCACAAAAAGUUUGGCUUUCCAUGUUUUCUGAAUUUCAGACUUUGCUCUUUCGAACGGAAAAAUAAUUAACUUUCCAGCACAUCAGGAACAUGUAGAAAUAAUGCUCGACAUUUGUCCAAUUACUUUUGCACCGUAGGUUAGUUUGAUAACACUAACUAUUACUGAACAGUUUAUUGAAAUCACCAACCUGUGUUUUCAGUCUUAUUACCGCUACAGGUCAUAUCUAAUCAGCUUUAUCACGUUGUGGCUGAGGGUGAAAGUUAGGAAUCCAAAGUUGUACCUUUACCCUGAAAGUGUUCGAAUGAUCGAUAGAUUUUGAAAAAAUAAAUUUAUAUAUUUAUGAUGGCCAGAAGAAGCACAAUAAUAAAUUUGACAAAGAUAUAGAGCAAGUUUCGAAGAUUCAGGACACUUUGCCAGUUAAAUUUUUGUGAAAAGAAACGGUCAGAAGUGGAGCCUUAUUUAUAUAUCCCUCAAUAAUGAAGCGAGAGAUACAAACAAAGCUUGUAUUUUAAUACUAAGUUAAUGGGGGGUCCCCCCUCAGAAUAGAAUCUUUUUGUCUUAAACCCGAUUUUGAUGAAACUUUCCAGAAAUGUUGCCCACAAGUGUGAUCACAAUAUUGUUUUUGGUUCUCUUCCUCUUACCGUUCCGCAGUUUUCUAGAGCCUAAGACCAAAAACCAUCCUUCACUGUAAAUCCCUUUUCCUUAACACAGCUCAAGAUAGAGAUCUCGGGUUAGUUUUAUUUUAAACCAGACACCUAACUCCGAGGACUGAUGGAAUCAGAUUUUUUAAUUAGGCUUUUGUUGGUUCUCUAGAGACCUAAGAUCCUAAAAAGUCCUGAAAGAUCCUUUCAACUUUUCCAAGGUUCUUUUUUUCUAAAGAUGUAAGGCCUGAUUCAAAAAUCUGAUCUGAUCUGAAAAAAAAGUCUUCUGGAAUACUUGCGCGAAAACCACGAAAAACCAGUUCUAGGCCCAAAAGCGAUACAGAUUCUGAAAGUAGAUACUUCAGGCUAUCUUUCCAUGUGCUUGUCUCCAAAUUGCUUUUUUGAUACAAAAAGAUUUCAUUCUGAGGGGGACCCGCCUUAACAUACUACAAGUUUCAACUAAAAAUGAACUCAUUUCAUUAGAUCCCAAUAAAUUACUUGUUAGUCUUCUUAAAUUCAUGAUUAACACAUUAAACAAGUUGUAUAUGUUGCAUAUAGAAAUGACAAAUAGAAAUAACUUAUACACCUGAAAUUAUUCUGCACAUUAUGAGGAGACAAACUUUAUCAUUCAAGAAGAUAUAUAAUAAAUAUUUCAGAUACUAAACGAGGACAGAACUAACUAUCCAAGGUUUUACUCCAAAUUGGAGACUUUCUUCUUCAGUAUGCAGCUUAAUAACCCUCCAAUUCGAACCUAAAGCGUUGAGAGCAAAUAAUAUUACGAAAUAAGUGAAAUAAAUUUCUCUAAUUUAAAGUAUUUAGGUUUUGAGGCAAUUUUAUAAAAACGAGUUUUCGACUGGAAUUAUGGCUUGGAACCAGAUCCUUCUUGGUGAUAGAUAGUGUUGAUAGUAAAGUUUCUAUAUUUUGUUUUGUAACAUACAUUUUAGGUUCGAAAACAUUAUGCUGGUCACACCAUCGUCAAAAAGUUAUUUUUAAGGCAUAUGAUGAAAUAGUAUACACUACUCUUUUCGCCUUGUUGAUCGUUUACCUAAUAGAUUCUGUUCUAAUGUGACAGGCAAAUGUGACCUGAUUAUAAUUUCGAUAGUUAAUGAUGAGUACUUACCUUGAAUGAAACGCCCAAUGUAUAUAAAUAAUUAACAAUUCGCGUGAUUGACUAGCCCCUCAUGUCUCAUGAAAGUUUCUAGAAUUUGUCCUUGCGCGACAGAAACAAUAUAUUUCAAGCGUCGAGUUUCAUCUAGAAAUCUAUGGGUCUCAAAUAACAGUGGCACUUACAUCUGAAAUCAUGUUGGUCGAUCACACUCACAGUGGUAUUGGAAGCAUUUUGGGUUCGAGCUUUUUAUUCUUUUCAGCAGAAUGAAGGUGUUUGUUGUGUCCAAAUGCGCUUAGUUGAAUAACUGUCUUUCUUCCAAUAUGAGAUAUACUUUUAGAGGACCUCGAUAGAGUGACUCAUUGCAUCGGAAAAAUUAAACUUUGAAGAACUCUAUUGUACAUGCAGAGAAAGAGCUAAUUUUUAAACUGUAAUCAGUUAGACGUUAACGACAGGAUUUUCACAAUAAAUGUCUGAAUUGUCCAUAGCUGCUAAAUGUACAAUUCAGACAUAUAAUUAGUUAGUUAUGGCAGAUUAAUUAAAGGGGAGCGAUGGAAAACUUUUCAGGAUUUGACUUCUAGAAACCGCGAAUCCCGUAGCAGGAACUUUCAUAUGCCUGUUUUCGCUGUGUAAAGCUUCGGAGAUGUACAAACAGUCUAAAACUCGAGCUCUCAAUUGCUGAGUAUCCUCGAGCACCAAUUAGUUAACUGUUGUGAAAAAUCAUUAUUCUAAGCUUUUACGAGUUUCGAAAACUUUUAGAAAAUUUUAGUUGAAAGGUCCGAUUAGAACGCCAUCACUGAUAGAAGGCCAUCCGUAAAAAGUUUGACCCAAUGCCCUUCUAUUGUGGGAGAGUUAGUAAUAAAAGCGAAAAAUCAGAGAAAUGAAUUUGAGCUACUUAGUGUACAUAUUUUGCAGCUUGAGAGAAACUAAGAGACAAACUCGAGAACGAAAAUGUACGCUUCAACCUGGAAUCGAACCCGGUGACAUCGGUUUUCUAGGCUAAUAAUGCUCCUUCCCUGAGGUGCGAAGCACAGUCUAAUCACACAUUUCCUUUGAAGUAACACAUAUUAAGUCCUGUUUCUCUUUCCAUCAGAUACUCCUACGCAAUGAAAGAGCGUCCUCCACGCGUCAGUGAUUUCUUCGUUUCAGACAUUUCAUCAAAAAUAAAUGAAUAACAGAUUUUAUUCUGUUUUCUUUUCUUACCGUUGUUGAUUAGGAAUCUAAUAGCACAGUGUUUUCUCUUUGAAAGAAAAGCACAUGAAUAAAACAAUUUUUCAGUUUGGAGGACGGUAAUCGCCUUUGAAGAUUUUAUAACUUACUUUUUCAUAAUGGUAAUGUAGCUGUAAUAUUUUUUUAAUGUGUACUUGUUUUAAACUAAAGUAAAGUUAUGAAUUUUGGAUGGAUCUCACCCACAAAAACUUCCAUAAAAACACAGAAAAGAUCCGAGUUUUUAUGGCCGAUCCUCUGAGUUUCAUCUCGCCGUUCCCCUUAUUGCCUGUGAUAUUAUACAUACCUUUGUAUACGUCAUCCAUUGUGCAUUCAUACUGGUAUCUUUUUUCUCAUUUUGUCCUGUAUAAAAGAUUGAAACGGAAAAGAAGCAAUACCUAUUCGAUGAAACAACGAUUCACAAGAAAUAAUCGCUAUAUACAUUAGAAAAUUUGGUGCUCGUUCCACAUUGAACCAAAUUAGAUAAAAAACCACGUCGACAUAGGUUUUGCCUUUCUCACUGGCGCCUUUUUCUUCAACGCAUGAGAAAAAUGAAAUUUAAACAGAAACCACGUAGAUUAUGUCAACGCCAAAGAAGAAGUCAGAAUGGAAUUAAAAGGAACCCGUUGUUGGAUUCACUGAGAAAUUUUGCAUCUGGCACCCAAUUCUUAUCUAAUUUGGUUCAGCGUGGAGCGAGCACCAAAUUUUCUGAUGCUAUUCCGAACAGAAAAGCUUAGUGGAUUUUUGCAAACUGAAUAACAGUUGACAGAAGGAGGCUUUAAUCUUGCCGAAUAAGAAAAUCUAAAAAAUUUUUAGAAUCACAAGAACCGGCGGUAAAAGGUCCGUCUUGAAGUCGCUUUUUUGCUCAGAAAUGUGCGUUACGUUAAAAUCAAUGAUUAAUGUCCGAAUAGUCUUGUAGUAUACUGCAUAUACUCAACUUAAGUUAGGAGUCUAUAUUUGUAAUGGAAAGAAAAAACCGUUGCGACAUUGAAGAUCGUUGUGCACGUGAUCAGAAGCAUCAUACUUUGUUUUUAUUUCAACACAGAUCGAUUUGAGAAAGGCAGAGAAGAGCGAAAUAUAAUGAGCUCAGAAUGUCUCAGCGAACAGUUAAUAAAAAUUUCUUUCGCACUACGUUAUUUAUGAAUAAAGCCGUUAUUCUUUUGAAUACUUUAAAUUAAUCAAAAAGAUAAUAGAAAUUAAUCAAAAAUUCUAUGUGUAUCAAGCAGGCAUACGUCAAAUAUACUUAUAUCAAGCUUAGCGGGUGGAGCCUUGUAUUUCUGCAUCAAAUCAUUAAGUGACAUAAAUUUUUAUUAUACUCAUUUCAUUCUUUGUCAUAAAUCUAUCUUUCAUUGCUUGAUUUUACUUUCGCCUAGGCUAACUUAAAACUUUAAUGUAGCCUAGGCCAAAUUAAAAUCUAUCUGAAUUUUAGUACAGCCUGCAACAUAUAUAUACAGUUCAGGUUGCAAAUUCUACUCUUUUCCUCAUUCGGACGCAUUGGUAAUUUCCAAUCUAACUUCUCAUGAAUUGUUUAUUGAAGAAAAAGCAUCAAGUGAAAUGUACUUUUGGUCAUUCUUUUUGAGCGGUUCAUUAAUCCUUGGUUUACGUGGUGAUAGUGUAAAGAAAACAGUGGUAAAAGUCCCUACAGAUCAAUGGGAUCUCACCUACGAUGUAGCAGAGAAUAGUACCACUACAUUGGUACGAUUGAUUGUUGUCACAAGAAACCACGAAAAAGAAGCGAAACAACUAAAAAAGAAAUUUGAACAAAUAACAGAUCCAACACAUCCCUCGUAUGAGAACUACAUGAGUUAUGACGAGAUACAUGAAAUGAUGUUGCCUGAGACAGCAAAAAAUGGUAAAGCUAUUGAACAAUGGGCAAAGAAGUAUUCAGUUCGAGUAGCAUCCACAGCAUACAAAGAGUUUAUUGUCAUCGAAGCAGCAGUCGGCGAAAUUGAAUGUCUAUUCCAAACAAAACUCUAUACGUAUCGACACAGAACGACCGGUCAGAGAACACUGAGAGCAACCGAAUAUCGAUUGCCAGAGAUCAUUCAUCAUCACAUCGCUUACAUUGAAGGUUUAACUCGAUUUCCUGCUACUAGUACUAAGAAGAAAACGAUUGUACCAAUAUCAGCUAAAACUGCAAAGUCCAAUGCCCCGAUAAUCUUACGUAUUGGCAGUGGUUUUUCAAAAUUUCUAUUUUACAUUCAAUUGAUUUGUGCUGAUGGUAAACAGGCAUCAAAUUCCCUAUGUGGAAACGACUUUGAAGGUUUCAAAAUUGAACUUCAGCAAGACAAGAACUUGGUCACACGUGAAGUACCUAUAGCGGAUACAAACUGUCAAGUUUGCAGAAAUGCUACGGCAAUCAAUGCGCUAUAUUGUACUGCUUUUAGUUUGAGCAACGACAGUGUCUUAUGUCGAUUCUUUUUGAACAAUGAAACAGAUAUCAGUAAUUAUGAGGCAUACCAAAUCACCAUUCAAUCUAUAUUCAAGACCAACUCUUCGGAUAAAGUUGCGUAUCCAUCGCCAACAGAAAAAGUGAGCACUGUCACACCUGAUGUACUGGUAUCUUUGUACAAUGUAGAUGAUGAUAAAAACGAAACACGAAAUGCAAAUAGUCGACAAGCUGUAGUCGGCUUUGACGAAUAUCUAAAUCUGAAUUCGUUCAAAUCGUUCGCCCGCACAUAUGGUGAAAAUUUUUCUCUCACAUUCGGAAAGAUAUAUGGUAGUGAUUAUAAAGACAAAACAUACGAUGAAGGCGAGACUUCACUAGAUUUACAAUAUAUGUCUGCUAUGGGCUCUGGAAUACCCACAGAUUACAUAUCAUCACCGGCGAAUUUUGACGGAUUUUUAAUCGACUUUUUUGUCCAAUUAGCUUUUCUUGAAUACAACAAAACGAACAUUGUCCCACUCGUUUAUUCCAUUUCGUAUGGUGCUGACGAAGGUGAACUAGGAGAAACGUAUGUUCAGAUUUGUGAUCUACAGUUCAUAAAACUCGGACUAACGGGCAAAAGUAUCCUUGUUGCAUCAGGCGAUUGGGGAAUAUCUCAACCUGAUAAUGUCUGUCGACGCCCUUUCAGUCCACUAUAUCCGGCAUCAUCACCCUUUGUCACCACUGUGGGUGGCACACAAUUAGUUCGAAGCAAUGAUACGAGUAAUUGUGCAAGAUCUAUCCCACAGGAGCCGAAUGUGUGUUUAGAAGAAAUAGCUGCAUAUACUAAUAAGAUUACAGGAUGUUUAAUUACAACUGGGGGUGGGUUUUCACAAUAUAACUCCUGUCCAACAUAUCAGAACAAGAGCGUUGAAAGUUAUUUAAAGCUGACAGCCAAAGACAAACAACUACCGCCAUUGAGCUAUUUCAAUGAAUCUAAUCGAGCUUAUCCCGAUAUCAGCUUAAUCGCACAUGACUAUAUAACAAAAGAUAGUGGAAACUUCGAUCUUUUUGUGGGUGGCACAUCCGCCAGCAGUCCUUCAGCAGCCGGCAUGUUUAGUCUGAUCAAUGAUCGUCGAUUAAAUCAAGGAAUGAAGCCAUUAGGCUUUCUAAAUCCACUAUUGUACGGUUUGGCAGACAAACAUCCGGAUGCAUUUUUCGAUAUAACCAAAGGAAAAAAUAACUGUAAUGAAUCGCCAGAAUGUUGUAAAUAUGGCUUUUCUGCUGCCAAACAGUUUGACUUGGUGACCGGUUUAGGGUCGAUUAAUCAUGGUGUUCUCAUGAAAUUACUCACCUAA